UAUUAUAACUCUGUGUUAUAUCUGAGUGCCGAGUGGUUGUCGUAAUGAAUAUCGACUAACUAGUUGACUGCGUCUAUUUUUAUUUGUAUUUUGUAGUUAAAUAGAGUUAAUCGCAUUAUUUAAUGUUGUGGCUGCGGCCAUAUCAUGCUUUCUUAUGUCGGGCUUAGCUAAAACGCAAGUUUUGGUCGAGGAGGGUGGAAAUCAGUGUAGAAAACGUUCUCACACAAAUAGCGAGCAGUGUACUAAAAAAGCAAAAUUUGACGAUAUGAGUGCAAGUGAAAAGAAAUCGAAUUUCUCCAUGUUGAAUCCAAACUCAAAUGGAACAAUUAAACUAGCGUCGUCGUCCAUGAAUAAGCCUGGUGCGACGGCAAAGAAGCUAGUAAUAAAGAACUUUAAAAGUAAACCGAAUCUUCCAGAAAAUUAUCAAGAAACAACAUGGAGCAAAUUACGAGAGGCUGUGAUCGCGAUCCAGACCUCGAAAGCUAUAGCCUAUUCCCUGGAAGAACUUUACCAGGCAGUUGAAAAUAUGUGCAGUCAUAAGAUGGCUUCACAACUAUACGUAAACUUGACAAACCUAGUAGAAGCCCAUGUUAAGUCUAAUAUAGAGCAGUUCCUCUCCGAGAGUAUGGACAGACAGGUCUUCCUCAAACGCAUGGACGACUGUUGGCGGGCGCACUGUCGGCAGAUGAUCAUGAUUAGGAGCAUAUUCUUAUACCUGGACCGCACUUAUGUGCUUCAAAAUCCUAGUAUACACUCUAUAUGGGACAUGGGUUUAGAUUUGUUCCGUCACCACAUUGCAAUGAAUACGUUGAUACAAACAAGAACAGUGGAUGGUUUACUGCUGCUAAUUGAAAGGGAGCGAGGCGGGGAUGCCGUGGAUAUCUCAUUGCUCAAGAGUCUGUUGAGAAUGCUCUCUGACUUGCAGAUAUAUCAGGAUGCUUUUGAACAUAAGUUCCUGCAAGCCACAGAACGGUUGUACGCAGCGGAAGGCCAACGCCUGAUGCGCGAGCUGGCUGUGCCUCAGUACCUUGCGCAUGUCGAGAAGCGACUGCGAGAGGAGAAUGAGCGCCUGUUACAUUAUUUGGAUGUGUGCACUAAAUGGCAGUUAAUCCACACAGUAGAGAAACAGUUGCUAAGCGAGCACCUAACGGGAAUACUGAGCAAGGGCCUGGAGUCCCUCAUGGAUGGGCCGCGGCUCGCCGACCUGACUACUUUAUAUAAUCUAUUCAGUCGAGUCAAAGACGGGCUCAACGAAUUAUGUAAUCACUUUAAUGCGUAUAUUAAAAAAAAAGGUAGAACAAUAGUAAUAGAGCCGGAGCGGGAUAAGACGAUGGUCGCCGAGCUGCUCGACUUCAAGGAGCAGCUCGACAACAUUGUGAACAGCUGCUUCCAGCGGAACGAUAAGUUCCUCUACUCCAUGCGAGAGGCGUUCGAGUUCUUCAUCAACCAACGGCAGAAUAAACCGGCUGAGCUUAUUGCGAAAUUCGUCGAUCUCAAACUGCGGGCUGGCAACAAGGAAGCGACAGAGGAAGAACUGGAGAGGUUGCUCGAUAAAAUUAUGGUCCUCUUCCGAUUCAUACACGGCAAGGAUGUAUUCGAAGCAUUCUACAAGAAGGACCUAGCGAAACGGCUGUUGGUUGGCAAGUCAGCGUCCGUUGAUGCCGAGAAGUCUAUGCUGAGCAAGUUGAAGCAGGAGUGCGGGGGUGGUUUCACGUGCAAGUUGGAGGGAAUGUUCAAGGAUAUGGAACUGUCGAAGGAUAUCAAUGUGACAUAUAAACAGCACCUGGCCGCCAGCUCGGAGAGUUCGGGGCUGGAGCUUUCGGUGUACAUCCUGACGAUGGGCUUCUGGCCCACAUACCCGCCCGUGGACGUGCGCCUGCCGCCCGAGCUCACGCGCCAACAGGACCACUUCGCCAAGUUCUACCUCGCCAAGCACUCGGGCCGCAAGCUGCAGUGGCAGCCCACGCUCGGCCACUGCGUGCUGAGGGCGCACUUCCUGCAGGUGUGUACAGUGUGUAGUGUACUGCGGGACCACCGAGCCAAGUUCUACCUCGCCAAGCACUCGGGCCGCAAGCUGCAGUGGCAGCCCACGCUCGGCCACUGCGUGCUGAGGGCGCACUUCCUGCAGGUGUGUACAGUGUGUAGUGUACUGCGGGACCACCGAGCCAAGUUCUACCUCGCCAAGCACUCGGGCCGCAAGCUGCAGUGGCAGCCCACGCUCGGCCACUGCGUGCUGAGGGCGCACUUCCUGCAGGGUAACAAAGAAUUACAAGUAUCACUGUUUCAAGCGCUAGUUCUACUCCUAUUUAAUGAUGGCAACAAUCUCUCGUUUGAAGACAUUAAGGCAACUACUAAUAUUGAGGAAGGUGAACUCCGUCGUACCCUCCAAUCGCUAGCGUGCGGUAAGGCCCGCGUGCUCGGCAAGACGCCGCGCGGCCGCGAGGUGCAGGACAACGACACGUUCACGUUCAACGGGGACUUCGCCAACAAGCUGUUCCGCAUCAAGAUCAACCAGAUACAGAUGAAGGAGACGAGCGAAGAGCAGAAGGCCACAGAGGAGCGCGUAUUCCAGGACCGUCAGUAUCAGAUCGACGCGGCGAUCGUGCGCGUGAUGAAGAUGCGCAAGGCUCUCUCGCACAACCUGCUCAUCUCCGAGCUGUACAACCAGCUCAAGUUUCCCGUCAAGCCGGCGGACCUGAAGAAGCGCAUAGAGUCACUGAUCGACAGAGACUACAUGGAGCGCGACAAGGACAACCCCAACCAGUACAACUACGUCGCGUAGUCUCUGCACCGCUCUGCUCUGUUGCCAACUACCCUCAGUAGAUGUACCGCUAAGAUAGACCAAUGAUUCGUCUCAAUAAACAUUUAACGGACUAAAUUGCUGUUUUUUUCGUGUGCAAUAAAUAUUGCUUGGUUACUUUCUAUUCUAAAGUACGAUUCACUUUGGAUAAUAUAAGAUAUACUGUCUCCCAUUACAAAUAUGAUAGUUGUCGAUAAACGGCUGUCGCUUAUAAGUUAUAUCUUGGGCUCAUCUUACUAUUUCAUCUAAUAAUUACAUCGUUUAUAGAAGAGGGAUAAAUAAAACUAUUUAUAAUUUUC